AUGCCUCCCCGACGCGCACGCCCCGACGUCGAAAUCUGGCAUGACUUCGACGCGUCCGCGCAGUACGACAACGCGCCGGAUCUGGCCUAUUCCGUGUCUGCUGACGGCGCAAGACUGAACUGCCGCGCGUUCGACUUCGUCCCUCCCGCUCCGAAGAGGCGCAAAGUGUGCGAGCUCAGCGCCUCCCAUCGCGCGUGGAAUCCUAUGGAGGCAGAUGAUGACGACGAGUUCGACUUCCCCCCUUGCAAUGAACGAGGGGACGCACCGCAGGUCCAAAUAUGUGACGAGCCGGCUCGCAAGCGAAGCUAUGGUGAGGACCCCAUGACAACCUGGCGGGACGUAUGGGAGCAGGACUUUUUGGAGGAGCUCAUGUGGGGAGAAGGGCUUCGAUACGCACACAACAAUCCGUGCUGUUCCAGUUGCGGCGCUUGCUACGAGCCACCACCUCCCAGCUCGUCCACUUCCAGCACUGCCAAUCCGACGGCGCCUCCCGAAUCACCUGCUGCUGAGCACGACGACCCUCCCCUACCUUCUCUCGAUCCGCCGCGGCCACUUGGAGUGUCAGACAUCUACUGCUGUUGGGAGUGUGGCGAUUUCCUGCAGUGCCGCGACUGCUGUCUGAAGCGGCACCAAACGAUGCCUUUGCACGUUGUUCAGGUGUGGACUGGCCAGUAUUGGCGCAAGAUCAGCCUCGCCAACAUGGGACUCGUCUAUCAGAUCGGGCACGGCGGCCUUCCGUGCGUACACCCAGACCCCGUCGUCCGUAACAUGGUGGUCGUGGACGAGGUUAUACAUACCGUCCGCGUGCGAUACUGCUCAUGUCGCGGAUUGAGCUCGUUGAGUCCCGUCCGGCAGCUAUUGCGAAAUCGCUGGUAUCCGGUAACGGUAACGGACCCGGAGACCUGUGUGACGUUCCGCGCGCUGGAUGUAUUCCGUCUGGCAGUCGUGCACGCCAACGUUAAUGUCAACAACUGGCUCAAAGCCAUCGAGGAGCGGACGGACGCGCUGAAGCUCAGCAAAGUCCCGGAUCGGCGAGCGGGCUUCCAUCGCGCUUUCCGCCAGUACUCAUUCCUCUUGCGGGGGAAGCGUCUCGGUCGCGGCAAUGACCGAUCUGGUCUCCGAGGUACUCGGCAGGGUGAACUCGCCCUACGAUGCUGGGCAUGCCCACGUGAAGGCGUCAACUUGCCGGAGGGCUGGAGGAGCGUAGGGGAGAACGAAGCAUACCUCUAUCGUCCGACGUUGGCCUUUGAUGCCAACUUUCGCUUGAAGAACCUCGUACGGCAGAACGAGCGCCACGACCCGGAGCUCGGAGAUGGCUACGGGUACUUUGUCAAGCAGGAAGAGUAUAAGAAACACAUCAAGGGCUACGUGAGUGAGCUCGACAUUAGCACGUGCAUCGCGUUCAAGGCAUUGUCGGAGAAGGAUACGAAGGCGACGUCCGGUUUGCGCGUCUCUGGCGUUGCCGGAGCGAUUUGCGCUCGCCACGAGCUCGUGCAACCGCACGGGCUCGCAGAUUUGCAGAAGGGGGAGCGGUUCUGCAACAUGGACUACGUCCUGUUGUCUGUUGUCGCCAUCAUGAGCUUCACCGCGCUGACCGUGUCUUAUGACAUUGGUUGUCAAUUCAUGAUAAACUUCUUCGCCCGCAUGCUGAAGAUGCCGAAGAAGCUGCAGCAAGAUCAGGAAAGCUUGGACGUCACCUUCGGGCUUCCCGUAUGGCACGGCGGCAUACACGAAGAGGCCUGUCGCACGCGGCACUCACUUAAGUACCAUGACGGCGUGGGACGCACAGACGGCGAGGCUAUUGAGCGCGUCUGGUCUCUGCUCAACCCUCUGUCGUGGGCGACGAAGUACAUGGGGGAGGGAGCACGACACGACUGGCUCGAGGACAAGGUCGACAGCGUGAACUUCAACAAGCUCAUCACGCUAGUCUACUUAUUGGCGCGGCGCUAUAUCGUGGCCAUCGACGAAGUCAAGGUACAAGUUAGCUCCUUCAACCUGAUCUCGAAGUCCAUCGAGCCGGCCGUGCUUCAUCAGUGGAAGAGCAACAUCAGCGCGUGGAAGAAGGAUCGCUCCUCUGAGUGUCCGUAUACCGCCCCUAUCAUUGAGGGCCUUUCGGAGGCCGAGGUGCGACGGCGAUUGGACCGAGAGGAGCUCGACGAGGCCAAAGCUGGUCGCGCGGGUGUCGAAGGAACGUCCCAGACCGCCUUCCUGGUCGCGGGGAUGAGGCUUGAAGCUGCGCAGCGUCGCAUUGUCGCCGAUCUGGCCGGGCGUGCCGUCCUUCCCAUGAGCCUCGAAGGGUUGAUCAAUAACCGCCGUCGCUCAUUGCUUGAGAAGAUCACACCAUUCAACGAUCUCCUCAAGACGUACAUGCCCGGCGCGCCUUCGCUGCCUUCCGACGUCUCGGGCGAGAAGGUUGUUGAGCCCGAGCACCUCCCUAUCACGAUGCCGUCGCGGAUACCUGGCGACAAGCGACGGAUGGUAUGCGCCGAGGGCCUCCCCGAGAAGGAGUUGCAACUGCGCAGGGCGCAAGCACGGGACGCCCUUCAGCUCCUGCGCAAGAAGCUUCACGCCAAACAGUACUACAUCGAGUUUCGCAACAAGAACUUCACGGGGCAGAAGCAGAACACGCGAGCGAGGACAAUGAUCAUCACCCUCCAAGAGCGCAUCGACUCCGACGCCGAGACCUACCGCACCGCUCGCGCGGCCAUCCUCGCCCUUCGUGGGGUGGAUGAGGACCCGGACUUCCCAAAGCUUCUCGCCAAGGACCUUCAGCUAGAAGGAGAGCUCACCGAGGAGGACGACGGCGCCGCGCGUCGACUGGCUGAGGCUGGGAGGCAACGUAACCGCCACGUCCACGUCUCCACCAGCAAGCAUACGAUGUCCUGGCUCUGGACGGCGAACGGCAUCCACUCGGACACAUCGGUGGACAAGGCGGAGGUCGAGAAGACCAUUUGGCAUCUAUGGGCGCGCGCUUAUGCUCGCAAGAAUCGCUGGGUCGAGGAGGCUGAGUUGCUUCAAGAGGACAUGCGGCGAUGCCUCCGAAGCCUCGAGUCAGAGGCGGAGAUAUGGCGCAAAAGGGCAGAGGUGGAUUUGGGACGUGGACCGGCUUACCUGUCUGGAACGCGGGCCUACGCACUGCGACACCACGACCUCUGGCUGCAACUACGCGAUCAUUUCCGUACCGUCUGGAAUCGCCCCGUCGGCAAAACCAAGCGACGCAUCUUCGAGCACUGGCAGCAGCUCAACGACGAUGCCGAGAUCUGGCUGGCCGAAUCCCAAGCGCUUCUCGGGUUUGACGAAACGACGGGCGACAACUCGAGCGAGGCUGCAUCGUCCGGAGCACCGGCGCCUGCGUAG